CAGGUAAGGUUUUUCAUGAAGGCACAUUCCUUCGUGCGUGAAAACGCGCCCAAAGUUCUCCGCCACAAAUCCACAGAAUCCAGUGGAGCAUUAUGCCCUGAUUUCACCAAGUAUCUCUACUUUCUCUUCGCCCCGACUUUACUCUAUAGAGAUGAGUACCCCAGGUCCCCAGGUCCCAUAAGAUGGGAUUACGUUGUGAGCAACUUCGGCCAAGUUUUCGCCUGCCUCUUCUACAUCCACUACAUCUUCGAAAGAUUCUGCAUUCCAGUUUUCAAGAAUUUUGAUCACCACUUUGUGACACCUCGUCAUUUUGUCGUCUCCGUGUUUAGUUGCAUGCUGCCUGCCACUCUGCUUCUAUUCAUCGGAUUCUUUGCUAUCUUGCACUCUUGGCUCAACGCUUUUGCUGAAAUGCUGCGGUUCGCCGAUCGCCUUUUCUAUAAGGAUUGGUGGAACUCACCCUCCUUCUCCAACUGGUACCGGACGUGGAAUGUGGUUGUGCACGACUGGCUCUACACCUACAUCUACCAGGACUUCUCUCUCAUCGUCAGGAAAUGCAGCCGAACUUUCCACAUGGCCAUCGUGUUUCUGCUCUCCGCCAUAGUACACGAGUACAUCUUCAGUGUGGCCUUUGGGUUCUUUUACCCCGUGCUGUUCUUCAUGUUUGCUGGCUUGGGGUUUGGUUUUACCUUCCUUCCGCUCAAAUCUCAAAUGUGUGGCAAUGUCUUCCUCUGGGUGGCUCUGUUUUUUGGCAACGGAAUUAUUAUGUGCCUCUACAGUAUGGAGUGGUAUGCUAGGAGGAGGUGUCCCGUCUAUACGGAUUCAUAUGCCGACUACUUCAUUCCUCGCUCAUGGACCUGCGACUUCAGUGCAAUUCGACCGUACGCGGGCGACCUGCACGCUGGCUCCACGGAUGAAGCUGGCCAGGCCUACGUGCCGAAUAAGGAGUUAUAAUAGCAAUCGACGAUACUCAUUUCUCUGUUUUGUCUUGUCUUUUUCCAUAAUUUCAUAUUUAAUAUCUUUUAAAUUCGAUAAAGGUGGUUAUUCAGUGAAGCUGUAUUCAAAAUUUCUAAUAUGGUAUUGAUAUGUGUAUGCGUGUUGGACUACGUCUAGCUUGAGCAUGUUGUUGUAAUUAUUUUUGCCAUCUUAUUAAUGUUUUUUUAAUGUUUAAAUGAUAAUUCAGAUUCAAUUAAGAAGUUUUCCUCUAAGCCAUAAAUUUUCUCGAAAUGUUUGAACCAUGUAUAUUGUCUAAAGAUAUUUCCUUAUACUGAUAUUUUAUCUUUAAAUAUUAUUUUCAAUGUACAACUUUUGGACACUUAAUGACAAAUAUUAAAAAAUUAUUUCUUUAUUUGUUUGUUUAUUCGUUUGUUUUUUUUUUAUUUAUAUAUUUAUUCAUAAAAUAUAUAAAUGUCCGAUACGUCAUUUCAUCAUCUAACGUCCAACAUAUCUCUAGGCAAGUGAAAUUCAUCUAAUUUUUUUUUAAUUAUUAAAUCGUGUGAAGUUGUUCAGUGAAAAAAAUGUCAGUUCGUGAAUGAUGUAGCUAUUAAAACUUUAUUUUUUUUUUUGUAGUUUUGUUUGUUUGAAUCAUGUCGAGAUUUUCUCAGUAUGUGCGUGUGUGUGUUUGUGUGUGUGUGUGUUUCAUUAAUUAGAUUUUAAUUUGUUAAAUCAUGAUUUCAUUUUCCAGUAGAGUUUUACCUGCCGUUCGUUCAAAUUAUUUUUCUGAUUUUUUUAAACAUAAACGUUCAUAUGUCAUUAGAGUAUAGAAAUUGAAAUAUCAUUUUAAGAUACGUUAAGAAAAUGUUGACAUUAUUAACAUCAAUAAUCAUUCUCUGUGUUGUUUUUUCUCCAUUUCUUCGCCUCGUUGAAUAAACACACUUGCCGGCUGAACCAUUUUUGUUCAUGGAUGUAUUAUACAUUUGGAUAUUGUUUAUGAGAAUUUUCCGUGUUUAUUCAUGAAAUACUGUCCGAAAUUGAAGAGCUUUCUGAAAUUUAACUCCUAACAAACACAUUGAUGGAUUUAUCCAUAUUAUCCAUUAAAUUUAUCCAUUACAUCAUUCCUCGUUCUGGAACCUGAGACUUCAGUACAAUGCGACCAUACCCUGACGACCAUCAUGCAAGUUGGUAAGGCCUACACGUGCUAAAUUCAGAAUAAAUUCAACGAUACUCAUUAUCCUUUUGUUUUGCAGUUUUCAAUGAUAUUUUUUCAUAUAACUAGCCGACCUGGUGUUCUUUGCAAAGCCUAAGAUUGAAAAAAAAACAAUAAAUUAAUCUACAUGACAUUUUAUCCUCAACUGUAACCUGCUUAGUAUCAAAUUACUACUAAUCGCUAUCCAAACAGAGAUAUUCAGCUGUCUUAACGUAUAUGGAUAUUUUAAAAAUGAUUUUUUUUUCUAGGGAUUCAGUAGAGCUUUAGGCACUCAAAAUGUUUAAUGUGUUUCAUUGUGGGUCAGAUAACUUCUAUACCUGCCGCAUGUUUAAUGCGUGAUCAGUUGCUGUGAAUAUUUUGACGUAUUAUUAACGUUGACAGCGUUAAAAUAAUGUUUCAGUCUCAUUGAAAACAUUAGUAGUGGCCGUCAGUUUACUUGGCAUGUUUGAAUUAAAUAAGAUUUUUCAUGUAUCCCUUAUAUUUUUUCGUUCUAUAUUUUUUUUUUGUAGAAAAGUUUAUUUAAAAAAUAUAUUGUAAAACUUCAUCGUCUAACAUCUAAGUUGAUAAAAGUAAAAUAACACUAACCGGCCAUUCAUUUAUUACGUGUGUAACAUCUACAAAGUAGAAUUUUACUAUAGCUCAAUUCCUGUACAGAAAUUUUAUAACCUACAAUCUACUUACAUAUAUAUAUAGCCUUACGCUAUAUAUAAUAUAAUAUUGAUAUUGCUUAUAAUGUUUUUUUUUCAAUUUAUUCGUUAUGAAAUGUGGUAUAUUUGAUGUUUGAGGACAAACUUGAUCGCUGUUCUAUGUCCUUUAGAAUAAACUUCGAAAAUUA